AUUCGAUGGAUUCAUUCAAACAUAAAAAACUCAACUUUCUUCGUUUCCUCGGUUUGGCAAAUGACAAACCCUAGACACAACUCAAGAUUUCUUGCUGCCUGAGCAAAAGAUCCGCUUAACAAUGGUUCUCUGGAAGAGCGAGUAUAAACAGGUUAUCCUUUUAGCAUAUCAGAGUUUCGGUGUAGUUUAUGGUGAUUUAAGUACAUCUCCUCUUUAUGUUUUUAAGAGUACAUUCUCCGGGAGGUUGCGCCAUUAUCAAACUGAAGACACAAUAUUUGGAGUCUUUUCCUUAAUAUUUUGGACUUUCACAUUGCUUCCUUUGUUAAAGUAUGUUUUCAUAGUGUUGAGUGCAGAUGAUAAUGGUGAAGGUGGGACAUUUGCACUGUACUCCCUCCUUUGCAGGCAUGCAAAAUUCAGUUUGCUUCCCAACCACCAAGCUGCCGAUGAGGAGAUCUCUACUUACUAUAGCCGCGGUCAGUCAGAAAGGAUUAGUAAUUCCUCCCCAUUAAGAAAAUAUCUGGAGAAGCAUAAGAAGUCUAGAAUUUUUUUACUUCUUUUAGUGCUGUUUGGUGCUUCCAUGGUGGUUGGUGAUGGUGUUCUGACUCCUGCAAUUUCUGUUUUAUCUGCCGUUUCCGGGCUACAAGUUCGUGCAACAAACUUACAACAAGGUCCUAUAGUUGUUAUUGCUUGCAUUGUAUUGGUUGGCCUCUUUGCUUUACAGCACUGUGGUACUCAAAGAGUAGCUUUCAUCUUUGCACCCGUUGUUACGGUCUGGUUACUUUGCAUCGCUACUCUCGGCAUUUACAAUGUCAUUGUAUGGAACCCAAGAGUGUACCGUGCCAUUUCCCCGUAUUAUAUUUACCUGUUCUUUAGGGAGACAGGGAAAGAUGGUUGGAUAUCUGUUGGUGGAAUACUUCUUUCUGUCACAGGCACUGAAGCUAUGUUUGCUGAUCUCGGCCACUUCACAAAUAUAUCUGUCAGGCUUGGAUUUGCUUGCCUAGUUUACCCUUGUCUGGUACUUCAAUACAUGGGGCAGACUGCGUUUCUUACAAAGAACUUUUCUAAGCUAUCGAUAAGCUUCUAUGCGUCUAUUCCUGAGCCGGUAUUUUGGCCAGUUUUUGUUAUUGCCACAUUAGCUGCAGUUGUGGCUAGUCAAGCUGUCAUCUCUGCAACAUUCUCAAUUGUAAUGCAAUGUCAUGCUUUGGGUUGUUUUCCCCGUAUCAAGGUCGUCCACACAUCAAAGUGGAUAUUUGGCCGGAUAUAUAUUCCAGAGAUAAACUGGAUCCUAAUGCUUCUUUGCCUGGCUGUCACAGUCGGUUUUCAGGACACAACCAUAAUUGGAAACGCUUAUGGCAUUGCAAGCAUGACAGUGAUGUUUGUGACGACAUGGUUAAUGUCUUUGAUAAUCACCUUUGUUUGGCAGAAGAACAUCGUAUUUGCGUUCGUAUUCCUUCUGUUCUUUGGAUCAAUUGAGGCAUUCUAUCUGUCAGCUACCUACGUAAAAAUUCCGCAAGGUGGAUGGGUACCGAUAGUUCUAUGUUUCAUUUUCAUGGUCACUAUGUAUGUGUGGCAUUACGGAACACGGCGGAAGUACAUGUUUGAUGUACAAAACAAGGUCUCAAUGAAAUGGAUCCUCACACUUGGUCCUAGCUUGGGAAUUGUCAGAGUCCCAGGUAUCGGAUUAAUCUACACAGAGCUCGUCACCGGAGUUCCUGCUAUUUUCUCCCACUUCGUCACCAAUCUCCCUGCAUUCCACCAAGUUCUCGUCUUUGUGUGUGCCAAAUCUGUUCCCGUUCCUUACGUUUCUCCAGAUGAACGGUAUCUAAUUGGAAGAAUCGGACCGAAAAACUACAGGAUGUAUCGGUGUAUAGUUCGUUAUGGCUACAAAGAGAUUCAAAAAGAUGAUGAGAACUUUGAGAACAAUCUUGUGAUGAGUAUAGCGGAGUUUAUCCAGUUAGAAGCGGAGGGUUCAAGCUCGUACGAAGGAUCUGUAGACGGAAGAAUGGCAGUUGUUCCAAAUACUGAGAGAGAUGGAUCAUGGCUUGUAAUGUCAGAACCUUCUACUAUGGACGGAGACAACGAACAAUCUUGCAGUACCAUCAGAAGCAGUAAAUCAGCUACGCUGCAGAAUCUGCAAACAUUUUAUGAACAAGAAUCACCUGCACUAGGCCAGAGAAGGCGCAUUCGUUUUAUAGUGCCUAAUGCAGAUCAUUUGGACCAAGAAGUUGAAGAAGAGCUUCUUGAACUCGCGGAAGCUAAACAUGCAGGAGUUGCAUACAUAAUUGGUCAUUCGUAUAUAAAAGCACGAAGGAAUUCAUCAUUUCCUAAGAAGUUUGUGAUUGACGUGCUGUACUCCUUUCUUCGGAAGAACUGUCGCCGUCCUGCUGUGGCUUUAAACAUCCCUCAUAUUAGCACAAUCGAAGUCGGCAUGAUUUACUACGUCUGAAAGGUACAAGGAUCCCAUGUCUUUAAAAUGCAUCAUGCUCCAGUAUUUUGCAAGAAAUGCAACUUUCAGCAGGCGGCACACUGUCAGCUGUGCAUAUCUCUGAAGGCUGUGCCAUAUCCAUGUCGCGGCUGCGGAAAAUGGUGCGAAUUUCUGCUCAACAGUAACACUUUAACCUUGUUAUUAUGUGAAAUUUACAGUUUAUUGUUCAAAUUUGUAAUCUUCUGUGGUGGUAAGAAAAAUAACUACUGCCGAAAUUUAAUUUCUUAGGAAAUUUACUUGGGUCAAAA